ACCGGCAUCAUUUGCGCCUCGCGGGGAGAAGGUUGGUGAAGUGUCACCAACGGCUGCGCGUUAUUUUAACGUUUUAAGUCUGAAAUAAUCAAGCUUUUAGUUCCUCGGUGAACGUGCGGCAGUUUUGCCGAGGUGUUCGAUGAAACGUCGCCUUGUCCAGCUGCCUUUCGCCCGUUCAUAUUAAAAAUAGUCUUUUAGGAUAUUAUGCUAGCUAGGUGAUCGAUUUUGCCGUUCGAGCCACGAAAGGAGACAUUUUUUUCAGGAUCAGGCGAGAAGCUGCUUCCGCCCCGUCCUCCGCCUCACACCCAGAGAUUCUGCUCAAAUCUCGAAUCAAAGCGACUCAUCAUCUGAGGAGACCCGACUGACUGCGCCGAAAUGGGGUAUGGACGGUCGGACAGCUACCGCGUGGCCACCACGCAGGACAAAGAUGACAAGGAUUCACCCAAGAAGAAGGGAGGGAAGGAUCUGGAUGACCUCAAGAAGGAGGUUCCCAUCACGGAACACAAAAUGUCUGUUGAGGAGGUUUGCCGUAAAUAUUGCACUGAUAUCGUCCAGGGUUUGACCAAUGCCAAGGCAGCCGAGUACCUGGCCAGGGAUGGCCCCAAUGCCCUGACUCCACCCCCCACUACCCCAGAGUGGGUCAAGUUCUGCCGCCAGCUGUUUGGUGGCUUCUCCAUCCUGCUGUGGAUCGGUGCCUUCCUCUGCUUCCUGGCAUACGCCAUCCAGGCUGUCACAGAGGACGAGCCCGCUGGGGACAACUUGUAUCUGGGAAUCGUUCUGUCAGCUGUCGUCAUCAUCACUGGCUGCUUCUCCUACUUUCAGGAAGCUAAGAGCUCCAAGAUCAUGGAGUCAUUUAAGAACAUGGUUCCUCAGCAAGCUCUGGUUAUCCGUGAGGGAGAGAAGAUGCAGAUCAAUGCUGAGCAGGUGGUGGCAGGAGAUCUGGUGGAGGUGAAAGGAGGAGACAGGAUCCCUGCUGACCUCCGCAUUAUCUCGUCUCAUGGCUGCAAGGUGGACAAUUCGUCCCUGACUGGUGAAUCAGAACCUCAGACCAUCACGGACUGCACCCACGACAACCCCCUGGAAACACGCAACAUUACCUUCUUCUCCACCAACUGCGUUGAGGGAACUGCACGUGGUAUUGUUGUGUGUACUGGUGAUCGUACAGUGAUGGGUCGCAUUGCCACCCUCACCUCAGGCCUGGAGACUGGCAAGACACCCAUUGCAAAGGAAAUCGAGCACUUCAUUCAAAUCAUCACAGGCGUGGCCGUCUUCCUCGGCGUCACGUUCUUCGUGCUGUCACUCAUCCUGGGUUACUCUUGGUUGGAGGCCGUCAUCUUCCUCAUUGGUAUCAUUGUGGCUAACGUUCCUGAGGGACUACUUGCCACAGUCACAGUGUGUCUGACACUGACUGCUAAGCGAAUGGCUCGUAAGAACUGCCUAGUAAAGAACUUGGAGGCUGUGGAGACACUGGGCUCCACCUCCACCAUCUGCUCCGACAAGACGGGCACCCUGACCCAGAACAGGAUGACUGUGGCCCACAUGUGGUUCGACAACCAGAUCCACGAGGCCGACACCACCGAGGACCAAUCAGGCUCCUCGUUUGACAAGAGCUCCACCACUUGGGUGUCUCUGGCCCGCAUAGCCGCCCUGUGCAACCGCGCUGUGUUCAAAGCCGGCCAGGAGUCCUUGCCCAUUCUUAAGCGGGAGGUGGCUGGUGAUGCAUCGGAGUCAGCCCUGCUGAAAUGCAUUGAGCUGUCAUGUGGCCCAGUCAAGUCAGUGAGGGACAAGAACAAGAAGGUGGCCGAGAUUCCCUUCAACUCCACUAACAAGUACCAGCUGUCGAUUCAUGAAACUGAGGAGGAAAGUGACAACCGCUACCUGCUGGUGAUGAAGGGAGCCCCAGAGAGAAUCCUUGACCGCUGCACCACCAUCAUGCUGCAGGGCAAAGAGCAGCCCAUGGACGACGAGAUGAAGGAGGCUUUCCAGAACGCCUACCUGGAGUUGGGAGGUCUGGGAGAGAGGGUGCUGGGGUUCUGUCACCUGUUCCUGCCAGAGGACAAGUAUCCUAAAGGAUUUGCCUUUGACACAGAUGAUGUCAACUUCCAGACAGACAAUCUUUGCUUUGUGGGCCUCAUGUCUAUGAUUGACCCUCCGCGUGCUGCUGUGCCUGACGCUGUGGGCAAAUGCCGCUCUGCUGGCAUCAAGGUUAUUAUGGUGACCGGUGACCACCCAAUCACAGCCAAAGCUAUUGCCAAGGGUGUAGGCAUCAUCUCCGAGGGCAACGAAACAGUGGAAGAUAUUGCUGCACGGCUCAAUAUACCUGUGAGCCAGGUCAACCCCAGAGAUGCCAAGGCCUGCGUGAUCCAUGGCACAGAUCUGAAAGACCUCACACAGGAGCAGAUGGAUGACAUUUUAAGGAACCACACAGAGAUUGUCUUUGCCAGAACCUCCCCACAGCAGAAGCUCAUCAUUGUCGAAGGUUGCCAGAGACAGGGUGCCAUUGUGGCUGUGACAGGUGAUGGCGUGAACGACUCACCUGCCCUCAAGAAGGCCGACAUUGGCGUUGCAAUGGGAAUCUCUGGUUCCGAUGUGUCGAAACAAGCAGCUGACAUGAUUUUGCUGGACGAUAACUUUGCCUCCAUCGUCACUGGAGUGGAGGAAGGCCGUCUGAUCUUUGACAACCUCAAGAAGUCCAUUGCUUACACUCUGACCAGCAACAUCCCAGAGAUCACGCCCUUCCUCUUCUUCAUCAUGGUCAACAUCCCACUGCCUCUGGGCACCAUCACCAUCCUGUGCAUUGAUUUGGGAACUGACAUGGUUCCUGCCAUCUCUCUCGCUUAUGAGGUAGCAGAGAGCGACAUUAUGAAGCGCCAGCCCAGGAAUCCACUGCGAGACAAACUGGUCAAUGAGAGACUCAUCAGUAUCGCCUAUGGGCAAAUUGGCAUGAUCCAAGCUCUUGGUGGUUUCUUUGCCUAUUUUGUCAUCAUGGCAGAAAAUGGUUUUCUGCCGUCUGUGCUUGUUGGCAUCCGGCUCGGAUGGGACGAUCGCUCUAACAACGACUUAGAGGACAGUUAUGGGCAGCAGUGGACGUAUGAGCAGCGUAAGAUCGUGGAGUUCACCUGCCACACAGCCUUUUUUGUCAGUAUUGUGGUGGUGCAGUGGGCAGAUGUCAUCAUCUGCAAGACCAGGCGUAACUCUGUGUUCCAGCAGGGAAUGAAAAAUAAGAUUUUGAUCUUUGGCCUGUUUGAGGAAACGGCCCUGGCUGCUUUCCUGUCCUAUUGCCCUGGCAUGGACGUGGCACUAAGGAUGUACCCGCUUAAGCCCAGCUGGUGGUUCUGUGCAUUCCCGUACAGCUUCCUCAUCUUUGUUUACGAUGAAAUUCGAAAACUCAUCCUUCGCAGAAACCCCGGAGGCUGGGUGGAAAAAGAAACAUACUAUUAAAUUAUCAAAGCAACCUUUACUUCUCACCCCAUCCUUCUUGGAACUCAUCCCUUCUCUAUGCUCCUCUUACUCUCUUUCCUCCUUCCCUCCAUACUUGCCUCCUCUGAAACGAUACAAGAAAACUGUUUACUCCUCCUCCAUCUCCUUCAUUCUCUCCAUCCUCAUUUACUAAAGAAAUAAAAAAAAAUCAAACGCCAAGUUGAAGACGAGGACCAACUCCAGAGCGGAGAGGAGGGCGCAGGGGUCCUCUCUGUCUCUACAGCACUAGUCUGCCAGUACCACUCUCUGUGCCGAUCUUUAUUACUCCACCGUUAGCUACAGCCACCGCUCAAACGCGUACUCCAACUGCAGCGCUGUGCACCUGAAUAAAGAACCCAACUCCAACCUGACUGUUCCCGCGCGACGGCUGCAGCAGCGGCAGCUCUCAUCCACACGCUGGAGCGUGGCUUGGUGUUUGUUUUGGGUCCAGCUCUCUAAUCACUGCCAUUUCCUCUCAUUCGCCCACUUUGCUUCUCUGCCUUCUUUCCCUCCUCUUCUCUCCCAAUAUCUAUUUACUCACUGCCAAUCUUCUACUGCCGCCCCCCCCCCCCGCUCCUUCCUCCCCUAUCAAUAAAAAAACAAGCUUCUCAUAAAACGCAAGCACUCACUCGCUCAUAAAAAGGUCACUUCCUCUGACUUUCUGCCUCCCUCCAUCCUUCCUCCACCUGUGUUUUUCUGCUUGUGUUGAUGUUGUUUUCUAAUAGAUGACUGGGUGUUUUUUUAAAAACAAAACUUCGUAAAAGUUUGAUUUCAUUUCAUUUUUUUUAAGUUCAGUGUGGGUCUGAGAGCUGCUUGUUUUCAUUUGGACAUGACAAAGUACACGUCUUUUCUUCCUCCCUCACCCCUUUACCUGCCCGGCCUCCCCUCUCCUCACCCGUCCCUGUUUGUCUGUCUGUUUGUGAGCACCGUGCAAACCCUCCGCCCUCUUUCACCACUUGCCUGUCCUUAGCCUCCCUCCCUCCCUCCCUCCCCAACCCCGCCCUCAACCCCCAACCUCACCUGUUAAAAGAAAUACAAUCUUUCUGUGUCCUCGGAAAAAGAGAUUUCUCUCCAAUUUCAUUAUUUAAACCAGUGGAAAUAUGAUAUAAGGCACCGUACCUUCACUUGUGAAACAGCAGCAAAAAAAGUAAAUGAAAUAAAAUAGAAGGAUCUCUCUUUUUUCAGCUUGGUCUCAAGUUUGUUUGUGUGGAGUUUUGUCAGAAAAUGGAAAUAAAUGCUGUGACCAACUAA